UUUUACCACUUCCCCCAUUCUGUUAGUUCCCUUUCCUUCGAAGUUCAAAGCUUCACCCACAAGGUCCUCUCCCCUGCUACAGCCUCCGGGUUAUCAAAAUGCGAGCUAGAAAUCUUUCGUUGUGUCUGAUCUCCUUCCUCAGCCAUCUGCGCACGCGCCGAAGACCUCUCGAGCGCACCAUCCCGUCGAAGGCUAGGAAUUGCCAAACACCCCCUGAAGCUCAACUAUGAAUAGCGAACUGUCAAUAGAGCGUUACAAGGAAAGCAAGUAUUGCAUUGGUCAAAAUAGCGAAGUGAGAUAACUCCGCGCUGAAAUAUUCGCUUCGUGUCAUAUACGUAUGGAAUCAAACCUGCGGCCUAUUUCGCUAAGGAGAUGGAUCGCUAUGAAAGAAUACCCGCGACAAAAGGCUUGACAGCUGUGUGCGCUGAACAAGAUUAUCACUGGAAACAACAAGAUAUCUGCUUCGCACCGACAAGCUGGCCCCUGAUUUGAAAUUUGCUGACAAUGGACCUAUCGGAUGGUACGUAAUUGAUGAUAUAAGUUGUUCCCGGUCUUUUAUUGACUAUUGGCUCUUUGUAGUGGAAUACGACCAUUUACAUUUGAAGUGAAGAGAGUGAUUCAAGUAUGUGACGGUCUUCAUAGCAAAUAAACUUCUAAUGGAACGCCUCUCAUCUAUACUACUAGAUGAUGAAAUCACGACAAAUGUUCCAAUGGUAAACGCAGGAAGUACGUUAGGAUCGGGACCUCUUUGGCGAUGGUUGAAGCGGCUCGAUCCGUUUUAUGAACGGCCUUCCCUUGUUCGGCAAAAUUCCCCCAUUCGUCGAUUCCUCUAUCCGUAUGUAGUUGUCGCCGGCGUUUGCUGCGUUUAUUUCGUGUAUGCGGCAAACUCGGCUACGAAUCCUCAACACUCGGACAAUGAGCCUGCGCCCAGCAUUAAUCUUGAUAGCGUCAAGAGGACAGAGCCAGCGGUCAGUGAAGCGUCAUCUUCCGCAAAGCUGCACAUGCAUCCGACUUCAUAUAUUGAACCGGCGAAGAAAAGUUUCUUUACCCUUAUCAGAGAUAUCGGUGUCGAAGGCGGCGCGAAAGAUCAAUUCGCAGUUAAUGUCAACACCGAUGUGGCAAUCAAAACAAUUUUACUGUGGAAUACGUUUUUCAAUGAACGUGAUUACAUUCCACCGUUCGAGAAGAUUUGUCCCGGCUAUCCAUGCCGGGUAACGAUGAACCGCACGGAGCAGGCCGAUGCCAUUAUCGUCCAUCUUCGAGACAUUAACGCUACCGAUGUUCCUAAGCGGCAAUCUCGUGACGAGGUGUUUGUAUUGCUUAAUGCUGAGGCGCCUCCGCAUGCACCACCUUUGCCCGAGUCAUUUAAUAAUCUCUUUAAUUGGACGAUAACUUAUCGGCAAGAUGCAGAUAUACCUCUGACCAAGAACGUCAUUAGCAAGUACGAGUUCAUGCCGAUCAAAAAGGAUUUCCACGUAAACAAGACCAAACUGGCCACGUGGUUCGUGUCACAUUGUCAAACGUCAAGUGAACGUGAGACGCUAGUCGCAGAACUUGCGAAAUAUGGAGUUCAUACUGAUAUUGUCGGUGAUUGUGGUACUAUUAAAUGCGAUAGGUCUUCGCCAUGUUACGAUCAAUUUUCAAAAGACCACUUAUUUUAUCUGAGCUUUGAAAAUUCUAUCUGUAAUGACUACAUAACCGAGAAGCUCUUCAACAUCCUUGAACAUAGUGAGAUGGUGCCCAUUGUUCUGGGAGGCGCGGAUUAUUCGCGGUUCGCUCCGCCUGGCAGUUAUAUAAACGUGAACAAAUUUUCAAGUAUAAAACAACUCGCCAACUACAUACAGCACGUUAGCAAUGACCCAGUGCUAUAUAACAGCUAUCAUCGCUGGAGGAGUUAUUAUCAACUCCAAGAUCCCCUGCACUUCGCCUGCCGCCUGUGUGCAAAGCUACAUACGAACUAUCGUCGACGGAUGUACCAAGACUUCAACACGUACUGGCAUAGCAACACUUGUCACGGUAGCUGGAGAAAAGCUUAUGAUCUGAGAUAACAUUUCGAACGAUAAUUGAUAGUGGCGUAUUAAUUGGCGUACUUAUGUUUUUGGUACCAGCCAGCAUCAAACGUUCACGCACAUCCCUACAAAACGAGUAAAGCAUUGUUAGUGCGAAUAGAUAUGCCCGAAUUCGCUCAGUGCUUAUUGUAGUGCCAUCAGCCUGUAGGUACGAGCCACGGUUAUAUUCGAAAUGUAAAUUAACGAAGAUAAAAGCGUGAAAAUUUUAUUUUUAUCUGCUGCUCUUAUUUGAAAAAGAAGUAUGCUUCUACGAUCAUCUAUGUGUCGGCAGUUACCAGUCGUUUCGUAAGACGUUUAACGCCAUGCGCAGUCGUAGGAACGAUAUAAAGCAAGGCGAACUAAGGAGCGUGUUUUGCGCCGCAAUGUAAUUCAACGUUCUGUCUUAGGGAAUCACGGAUCGCUUAGAAGGAACUCAUUUACAGGGUAAUUGGAAAAGCGUGUUUGCAAUGCCCGGCAGAACGGACGAAGAGUCAUUGUCGCAAACUUGCAACGGAUCAGCAAAAAAAAACGUUUUGUCAGCUGUUAUUUUGUCCCUAUAGACACAUGUGUUCAAGUUAGCAAGGUGGGUACCUUCACAACCGAAUAGUUCGCAGGUUAAAUCGAGUUAAAUACGGAGCAGUAUGUACCCUUCCCCUCUGUAUCUAUAAUACAAAGUGCUAAUACUAUUCCAUUAAUAUCGAUUAAAUUAAAUUUAUCAGAUUAAACACUACUCAUACAUAGUUGAGAAGCAUAUCAUGGCAAACUUUGAAAAGCAAAAGGAAAUAUUAAUUUGCUUUCUAAAUCGAAAAGACUGUAUAUGACAUAUGAGAUAUAUGUCAGCAACGAAAGCCAGUAAUAAACACUAGUAUUUUUUGGUCGAACCAUAAGUAAGGAACUAAGAAACGCAAGAAGCUUUUAUAAAUAUUAUUCCUAUUAUUAUAUUCAGGUCUUCUAGUCUAUCUGAAAAUGGUCAGUGAUACGUAGAUACGGGUAAGGGCAAGUGAGUACAUUAUAAUUAUAUACGUCUUGCCACAGGCGCGAAGUGACCAACAAGUAACUAAGAUUAUUAUAAUGGAAAGAUAAACGUAGGGCAAUUGAGUUCAUUGGACCAAAUCCUUUGAUAAUUUUAAAAAUAGAUUAAAUGUAAAUGUUCUAAAGGAAGCAAUAAGUGCACAAGCCAUUCGAAGCGGUUAGCAUAAUGAGCUAAAUUAUUAACUAAUUAAUUUAUUAACUUAUUAACUAAGUGACUAAGAUGUAUUUGCCACGUUGGAUUCACCAAGCCUAACAUCGACAUCGAAACGAAAAUGAGCGAUUCGUUAUAGCGGUGGAAUAGAAUCGCUUACCUAUUAGCACUUGCUCAGAACCUUCUUUCUUGUUAGAAACUUAAGGACAAAGGCAUAUGUAGAUCAGUUUAUGCGGCCAAAUAAUUUCCUUGCUACUGUAGAAUUUUCACCUGAUAAACCCACGUGGUUCACAAUUUAGUUUGGUAUUACUUUAAGGCCACACCUUGGAUCCAACGAACAACUGCCGUGGAUCGACUGUGUCUUUUGAUUUUCUACUACCGUGGAAGGUCACAAGUAUGUAUGACCAUCAUAAUACCUGUUCAUAUUUUCGAUGCCUAUUGACACGAUACGGUGAGGCGGAGUUGAUUCAGUUAACUGAAAUAGCUACUAGAAGCACUGAGUUUGCUCGCGUCAGUCCAAGCUAACCUAACAACUUCUUAAGUUACCCCAUCUGACGUAAAAAUACGUUAUUUUCCAUAAUAGAACCAUAUAUAUAUAUAUCGGUUAAAUCGAAUAAAUAAUUCAAAGAUAUCACAGGUGCGUUAUACCUUUGUAUACUUGCUGGGUUAUAUUUAUUUUUUUUAUCAGGGCUGGUGAAUUACCUCCUCGCUAUUCAGUUGAAAUCGUGAUCAUGAUUUGUUCAACACAAAAGUUCAAGGUGUUUUUUCUUGCAUUACCUGCCACAGUAUUAGUUCGAUAAAUUUACUUCUUGAUGUUGAGGAACCAAAAUGUUUUUCCAAAAGAUAGAUCGAUAGGACGUAUCAAGUUCACUGAUUAGUCGAGAAAUUCUAGUGCAACGUUUUUCGGCCCGUUGUAUUUUACAGUUUGAAUGUACUUUAGAGUAAACUUGUUUGGAGUUAUCUCAAGGUCUUGACAUUUCACACGAUCCAAAAAAAUUCUUUUAUAUUUAGGUCGUUUUCGAUUUGUAAGUGUUGAACGAGAGCACACUUUCCUCAAUUUAGAACAUGUUCACCCGAAAUAAAAACACCGCUGUAGUUAAAUGAGAAAGGCUUUUUGUCCGUCAACGUUCCUAAAUCAUCCAGAAAUCCAGUCAAGCAGAGUGUGCUUACAAAGAGCAGUGACAGGCCGACCGCAAUUAAUCGCCAUUGUACCAGCCGACGAGGCUGGAAGAUUUACGGCAUUAGUUAAUCGCGAAAUGGCUCGUUCAUGUUGAAUCAUCAUGAGAUUAGUAGCCUCAAGGCGUUCUAAAGCAAGAAGAGUUCUCGGUAAUAUAAAUGUAGAGAAAAGAGUGACGGACAAAAGCAGGCAUCAAUAGAAAAUACAAGCCAUUUUCAUUAUCCAUUAGAAUUAUCCUAUAACGCGGACAAUUUUUAGGCUAACAGCUGUCCACUUCUUUUAUGGAAUUUCAGGAAAUUUAUGUAAAUAGUGUUUUUUUUUCCAUUUAGUUAUCGGCCCAUCUAACGUAUAGGGUGUUUGCAAUGGCUACUAAGGGAAGUAUUUAAAAAGCUGUGUGUAAAAAUUGUCCAAAAGCUCAUGUAUUUGGGUUGUAUAAUUUUAUAAACGUAUAACAUUAAGAAAAUCACACGCUGUGUAAGGUUGAGUUUUCAACAAACGAGUUUAAAUAUUUUUUAAGGUGAUGUGACCCGUUUUCGCUGUGGUUUUGAACCUGUUCAGGUGUCUCUAUAGCAGAUCUAAAAACUUCAAUCCCCUGUAUUUUUCUAUACGCGAAACGAACUCUUUUAUAGACCUAACCUUCAAUCAAUUUAGCGGUUCUCCGCACUUAAAUAUUGUGGUCUAUAAAACACUUGAACUAACUGUUAAGCAAUCGAAUUAGAGUAUCUGCACACCGAAUAGAUUACUCUAAGUAUGUAUUAUUUGUAGAACUAAGCUAUGAACAGCUGUCAUGGCUUAUACGAAUUUCGGACGCGGAAAAAUCAAGAUAUAUCCCACAAUUGCACAACCCUCACUACAACGCUGGUUAAAACGUUCUAGUUCUUAAUAAUUAGAUCAUAGCUACAUCUAUUAAAAUAUGGAAAAAUGAGAAAAACUUGCAAAAAACUAUUUUUUAUAGGAACCUUUUUUGACCUAUGCGUAAGAUAAUUCAAAUAGAAAUUUAAGCCAAGCUAUUCUUGGCUUAUUUGAGUAUUAAACGCAAUACGAAACUGAUCGCCACAGUGGUGAGGCGGCUCGAUGUAUCAACCAUUAGUGUCUUCAGUUAAUCUUCAGCGAUGGCUUUGAAUUGUUCUAUUUCUUAGUAGCAUUAGCCCUUUUGUGCUAUUUUCGACCAGCAUGAAAAUCAUUGCGUAGCGAUACGACGGUUUUACCAGCACGAACUAUGAGAACCUGCUGGUUUAGAUCCUUUCAUGGGCCACCUAGCUCAUAAUUUGCAUGCACAAUGGUAAUAAAAUGCGCGUGUGCUUUCAUACAAUUAUUAUCGCUUUUUCUCUUGCUGUAUACAAUGCAACAUCACCAAACAAAGCCUUAAUCUUUGCUGGUGCAAACUUGAUAUUUGUGAUGUCAUUUUUAUCUCAAACGGCCUUUUAAGUUUCUGGGCCUACCCUUAAUAAUCACCAUCUCAAAUUGUUUUCUCCGCAAAACCUCAAAAACUAGCGGAAUUAUGUACUUUUUUCCCGACGUAGUUAAAAAUCUUAGCGACGUAUCUAAUGCAGUCGAAAUGUUUAAUUGACUACCUUUUGCCGAAGGAAAAUAGAGGAUAUUGAUUUAUUUUUUCGUAUUUCAAGUUCCAUUUUUCCGUACAUAAUUUCUAACCAUUAUGUAUCCCAGAUAGUGUAAUGGUGUCUUAGAAAUGUAUUGAAAAUUCUUACAAAAUGCAUAUUUCUGAUAUAUUCUUUCUUUAUAUUGAGUGAAAGGCGCUGAAUGGUACAGGCAUUGUAUGAUCAUAUGGAAAUUUUAGGCGACAUUCUUUCGUGUCUCUUGCGAAUUGUUCAAAAAUCUCGCAGCUCUAUUAUGUGCUUAUUGAACUUAGGUAUCACGCCUAUUUUCAUUUUUUAGAGGAAAUAAGAAAAUGUGGCAUGUGGCCUUAUUUAAUUAAUGUAGGAGCAAUCACGGAACAGAGAUUUCCUGAAUUUUAAUAGAAAAAGUAAGUAGAUUGAAUUUUCGCCUAAUUUUCAUAGGUUUAGGAUUUUUAUAAAUAAUUUGGUAAUUGAUGCACGGUAUGCAAAAAGUAAUCAAACGAAAUACAACUCAUUAAAAUUAAUUUAAUAAACGUUUUUGAUAGACGUCUGAAAAAGAUCUCACUCGAGCAAAAAGUUGUUCUCAUUUGCAAAUCGAUCAGCUCGUUGCUUCUCAUAUCAUCUCACGUUCACUAAUCUAUCCUUGUUAGAAUCCUUAUUAGGUCUGUCCUUAUUUAAACCUAAAAUACUUUUCCACUUGCACUUUCAAACCGUUUAGAACCUACUUUGAGUAGUUCUCAGUCUUCGCUCGUUAGAAACUUCUACGCAUGCCAUCCCCCAUUUUGCUAGAUGGCUUUGGACUAUACAAUAAUGCACAAUUCCACGGUGCUUGUGAACCGUGGUGCUGUCGUUUUCUUAGUCAGGAGUGUCGUUUCAUCUCUCUCAGCUGUAGAUACUUACCAGCUGCUUUGGUUUCUCAUCGACAAAACUGCAGAAAAUAGAUAACCUAUAAAUAACGCAAUAUCUCCAUAAGCCCACCAUAAAAAAACUUACGUUGGUCCCGUAAGAACCUACAGACGAGACACGCGUCUGAUGUAUCGCAGUUUUUAAAGGCGUUUAGACUGUUUAUGAAGACCUUCUGAUUAAACUCACGGAUGCUUUAUGAAGAAUAACUUAUAAGAACACGCUAACGGUUCUAACUUCAAAUGUUCUAAGCUCUAA